AUGUUAUCAAGUCACUCGACAAAGUUCGAGAGGCACAAACAAAACAUUAAACAUUGGGAUAAGGCCAAUGACUUGCAUUGCACAAGACGUCGAUUAUUCUUUCCUCACGGAUUCCUUUUUAAUGGUGUUGCUAUGAAAGUCAAGCUUAGUAAUCACACAAUAACUCAUCAUUUGUAUUACUAG